UGCUGCUCUUAUUAGUACACUCACCAACGGCAUUCUGUCUGCCCAAGUAUCCUGAAGAGGUCGAGCGAUGGCGCAAGCGACCAUGUCAACCAUGGCGGCAAUUACAUCGGCACAACUAUCGAGAUUGGGAUUGGGAGGGCGCGAAAUAACCCCCUCCCUUACGAGCGUCGACAACUCCCUGUCCCUGGCCUGUUCCGCGCUCCCCACGUCAGGCGGAGCGUACGCCCCGGAGCCACUCUCCGUGGGUGCCGCCUCGACCCACUUCCUCGUUGGGCGCGCCGUGUCCGCCCCCCCAGCUCCUCACGACACCAUCUCAUUGGGAUCCCGGCCGUCGUCAACUAGUAGCGGGAAAGGACGCUUGCCACGUUGCUCGUGGGUUUCCAGACCGUCUUCGCCUCGUUCAGCAGCGCCGCCGCCGUUCUGCGCCGACGGCGCAAAGGUCGCGACGACUUGCGAUCGUUUCCCCGUCUCAUUCCGACGCCGCCGCAUCGGCGCGAGUGCAUCCGCCGAUCGGGCGCCAUGCCGCGACAGAUCGGAUGGUCAGGUGUGGCGCGUGACCGGGAAAUCCGCCGCCGCCGCCGCCGCCUCGACGUCGACGGCUGAUAGGAUGGCGGAGAUCGUGCUAAAGCCAAUCAAGAGUAUCUCCGGGACCGUACGAUUGCCGGGCUCCAAGUCUCUUUCGAAUCGGCUUCUUCUACUUGCAGCGCUUGCGGAGGGUGAAACUUCGGUGGAGAAUUUGUUGGACAGCGACGAUGUUCGCUACAUGCUGGCAGCCCUGAAAGAGCUGGGCGUGCCGUGGUCUGAGGAUCGUGCAGCCAACUCUGUGGUGGUCCAGGGUUGUGCAGGUCGGUUCCCUGUGGGCCGCCGCCCAGAGAAGGAAGGGACAACGAGGACCAGCGCCGAUCAGGAGGAGAUCAAGCUUUUCCUCGGGAAUGCCGGCACGGCAAUGCGCCCGCUGACUGCGGCUGUUGCGGCGGCGGGAGGGGGCGCAAGAUACGUUCUUGAUGGAGUGCCAAGAAUGCGCGAGCGGCCAAUUGGCGAUCUAGUGGAUGGGUUGCAGCAGCUGGGAGCGAAGGCCACUUGCGUCCUCGGAAGCAACUGCCCACCGGUUGCAGUGGAUGCGCAGGGUGGUCUUCCUGGAGGUACGGUUAGGCUGAGUGGAGCCGUGAGCAGCCAGUACUUGACAGCGCUUCUCUUAGCCGCACCCUUGGCGCUGGGCAACGUAGAGAUCGAGAUGACGGACACACUCGUGUCUGUGCCGUACGUGGAGAUGACCUUGAAGCUUAUGGAAAGAUUUGGGGUGAAGGUUGAGAGGUAUGGUGGGUGGGAGCGGUUCUCCAUCCGGGGGGGGCAGACGUACAAGUCGCCGGGUGUGGCCUUUGUAGAGGGAGACGCUUCCAGUGCUUCCUAUUUCCUCGCGGGAGCGGCCAUCACAGGGGGGUCGGUCCUUGUUGAGGGGUGUGGAACGGACAGCUUGCAGGGGGAUGUCAAGUUUGCCGGGGUGCUGGAGCGAAUGGGGGCGAAGGUGGAAUGGACGGCGCACAGCGUGCGCGUGACAGGCGCAGAUCCCGACCCAUCAACGGGCUGCAGGCUGAGGGGCAUCGAUGUGGACAUGGUGUCGAUGCCAGACGUGGCGAUGACGUUGGCCGUUGUCGCGGCUUUUGCAAGCGGACCGACGGCGAUCCGGAAUGUCGGGACCUGGAGGGUGAAGGAGACCGAGCGGAUGGUCGCGAUAUGUACGGAGCUGCAAAAGCUUGGCGCGCGGGUGGAAGAAGGUCCCGACUACUGCAUCAUUCAUCCGCCGGAGGCAAUCAAGUCUGCUGAGAUAGAUACGUAUGACGAUCACCGCAUGGCCAUGGCCUUCUCCCUUGCAGCAUGUGGGCCGUCGUCAAUUACAAUUAGGGAUCCUGGAUGCACAAGCAAAACUUUCCCCACCUACUUCGACGUUUUUGGGGAGCUCUCUUCUGAGCUACAAUCAUGAAGAAGGGAAGAUUCAAAAACGAAAAAGAGUAAGGGAAGAUUUUUUUUUUUUUUUUUUUUUUUUUUUCAGCUCAUCAGAUGCCCUUUUUGUUUUGUUGUUGUCCUUCAUACCUGCUCCUUUAUGUGGGUAAAGUUAUUGUCCUUCAUGCCUGCUCCUUUAUGUGGAUAAAGUUAAGUCACAGACAGAGGACAUUCCUUGGUCAAGGGAGGGAAGGGAGGGAGGGAGGGAGAUCAAGAGGGGAGAAGGGAAGGAGCCUGGUAGGAGAGAAGUAAGGAAAUCUCUUUUUUUUUUAAUCAAUGCGUAAAGUGAAUAAACCGUAGACGACGCAGGUUUGCACAUGCCAAGCCUUCCGUCUUUCCCCAACACAACGCAGAGCCUGGUAGCGAAUGUAUACAAGCUAUCUUUCGGGUCGGGUGCAGCCAAAAUGAGGGUGCAUUGUGUUAGGCAGAAGAUGCUAGUGCAUGUGCACACAUGCGCGAGCGGUGUAGGAUGUACACCUGGAUAUCCAGCGGGGCAGGUGCGUAUGGUGUGUACCUGGAUGUCCAGUGGCUCAGGUGCCACCUCGUUUUUUUUUUCCCUUCUUUCUUAAUCCUUUCUGUGAGUCAUGUCAUCCUGUUGUUUGUCUAUUAAAAAAUAUAUAUCUAUAUAGAUUGUCACAAAGGUAUCAGAGCGCAAAAGCGAAAAAAUAUAUAUCUAUAUAUCCUGUUGUUUGCUUAGCUUUCAACAACUUUGCUUUGAACGACUGACAUGACAUCACACCAAGCAGACAUUCGGCCUCGCUCCAGUACUCACCAAACCUGCAGAUUGAAAAUGAAUUUCCGUUAGAACAUGGAAAAAUACAUCGCCAUAUUUUUUGUCUUUUGUGCAUGUGGAAAGUAGUGGACCGAGGCCCACUAUUGCAUGCCACAAUGUAUAGUUCAACUUGGCAGGUGAAGAAAGUUUUUUUUUUUUUCUUAGAAGAGGUGAAGAAAGUUCCCCCACCGCUUAGCAGACAAAUCCUUUUUUUUUUUCACCGCUUAGCAGACAAAUCUUGUUUUUUUUUUUUUUUUUUUUUGAAGUCCUGUUUUUUUGUAGAGGCUGGCCACCAGGCAUAUGACAGACCCGUCAGCAACAACUGGCCAUUUGAUCAUCACUCCUGUUUGUUUGUUUGUUUAGCCAAUCGAAAGAAAGUGCUGAGGGCGCCCCUUUCUUUCCCGGCCUGAGUUGGAUUUGACUGCACUACUCACCAACUGUGCAAGCCGAGAAUGAAUAUUACGCUAGAACAUGGAAAGGUACACCGCGCUAUUUUUUGCCUUUUCUUCAUGUGGACAGUAGUGGAGCGAGUUCCUUGGGUUUGACGGCACGGAGGGGCCACGGAUAGGGUUUUAACAGGACGUUGGAUUCGAGGUUGGGGGGAGAUCUGGGGGUGAUUGAUUCGCCCCAAGGAUUUUGCUCCCCCCCCCGGCCCCACCCCCAAUUAAUUAAUAGUAACAAUGACAAAAAUUGAUGUACAGUUGCUAUUAGGGUUGGGAUUAAAAAAAAAAAGAAAAAAAGAGGAUUGGGAUAACUGGUUUUCUUGAAUGUUUGGGAAUGUUUUCUGAGCCGAAGCUGGGUAAUGAAUGGCCCCGGUGUUU